GCCGCUCACCACGGUGGAAGCUCGGGCGGGAUGCCUUCCGAUGUGGGUUCGACAAUCGUCUCGACCAGCGCCAGUUUGCUGAGUGAGUUCUAACCGGUAGGACGUUUCCCAUAAAUCUUGAGAAGCCAAAGACCAAGAGCAGAGCAUAGAAUAUGAUGGAUUUCUUCAUUGCCAAAAAUCACAACACUCCCGUAGAACCUCCGGCACCGGUGGUCGAAAUGCUUACCUUACCCUUUCCGAAGCAAAACGUUCUUGACCAGGAAGGGCACAAAAAUGGCAUCGAGGAGGUAACGAAGGAGUUGCCGAAAAUUGCGCCCAAAGACCCAACGCCAGAGCCGGAGAUUUUUACGGGCUUUAACUAUCUGCCGAUGGAGCUGCUGUUGAAAGUGAUGAAACAAAUCUCCGUCGACGAUCGGCUAGCGUGUGGUCAAACGUGUCACCGGUGGAUGGAAGCGGCCCACUACUAUCUGCCAUUCAGCCAGCGUAUCGUGUACAAGUUUACCAACGUCAACUUCACCGACUACGAGCCACCGAUCAAGAACUUUCUCGGCGCGUUUCGCAUCUUCCCGCGGAUCGCGAUCAAGUCGUGCACGUUCUACGGCAACAGCCAGUUCUGGCCAUUGUUUGGAGAGCAUGUGGUCGAGCUGACGAUAAAGAACUGUCUGAUCAAGGAUACGGAGCUGCUGCACAUCUUGGAGAACGUGCCAAAUCUGCGCCAGCUCAAAAUAGAGCAGUGCGACGAACUGUUUCGUUCGUGGUAUUUCGAGAAGCGCAACAGCUGCUGCGAGUCUCACUUUGUGCUGCCGGACCUGCUCGAUGUGUCGCUCACGAACAAUGACUUUUUGGACGAGCUGCACUUCAACAAGCUGAUGACGCUCGCCCCGAAUAUUGCGCAUUUGGACCUUUCGAACUGCUUCAAGAUGAUCGCCUCGCAUCGGCGGGUCGCGAUGGUCGAGCACAUCAUGCGCUUCAUCAACAUGCACCAGUUCCAGCUGCAGACGCUCAAGUUCAACGGGACGCUAGCGAUCGACGACAUCUGUCUCAGCACGCUGUCCAUGAUCGAUGGGCUGAGCCUGGAAACGUUCAGCAUGACGUUCUGCGAUAAGAUACCGGCCGCGAUCAUCGAUCUGCUGCGCCGUCAACCGGACCUCAACAUCACACAGGACCUUGAGUGGAAGGUGGGCAGGCAUCCGAUAAAGGCGCCCGGGUUCAUUAGCUUUCUCGUGCGGCAAACCAAUCUGGUGCAUCUGGAUCUAACCUCCUCGCUCGGCAUUACCGACGAGGUGAUGGAGCUGAUCACGACCUGCCUGCCGAAGCUGAAAACACUCAAACUGCGUCGCUGCAUUCUGGUGACGGACGAAGGCAUUAUGAACAUUGUCAAUCUGGAGCAUCUGGAGGUGCUGGAUCUGUCGAACUGCUACCGCAUCUCCGAUCACGCCAUGUACCGUGGGGUGAUAGGGCGGAAGGUGAAAAAUCUGAAAGAGCUGUACCUGUGCGAACUGCCCACGCUGAGCGACUACUCGCUCAUCCAGGUGACGCUGAACUACGAGAUGCUGCAGGUGCUCGACCUGAGCAACAGCCCGAACGCGGCAACGGACGCCACCAUGCAGUACAUCAACUACUAUCUGGUGUCGCUGAAGCAGUUGAACCUGUACUGCUGCACAAAGAUUACCGAUUCCGGGCUGACCGGGAUCGAUCUGCCCGUCAAACCGAUGAUCACCUGGGACCAGGAAGAAACGUUCCCGCUCGAUCGGCUGUUUAAGCUACGCUCGCUGAACCUGAUCGGCUGCUACCGGGUGUCGGAUCUCUCGCUACAGAACGCCUUCAAGCUGGCCGAACUGAAGGAACUCCAUCUGGCGCGCUGUUAUCAGAUAUCAGAGAACGGCAUCUCGGUGCUAAGCCACACUGCCCGGGCGCUGGAAUUCAUCGACAUCAGCGAGUGUCCGCUCGUGAACGACAACUGCAUCGAGCUGCUCACGUCCAACCUGAAGCGGCUGCGCACACUGAAGGUGAACAAGUGUCCCCUGCUGACGAACGCCUGCCUGGAGAUAAUCGGACGAAACUGUAGCUACUUGAAGUUUCUGCACGUAAGCGAUUGUCGCCGGCUGAAAAAACCUCGUGAGCGCCUCGCGCACCUUCCAUCGCUGAAAGCGGUCUACGUUGAGUGGUAGGAGGUCGGCGAUCCGAAUCUAGCGAGUAAGAAAGCGUACCAUUUUACACACACUGCUAAGGAUAAAAACAACAAUAAAAAACAACGAAUCCUAUUUUAGAACCAAAA